CUGCCGUAAAGCGCCGCGGCCGGGCGCGAUCCCCGCGGGCGCCCUUGGCAGGGAGCGGCCAUGAGCGGGAGCGGCGUGAACCGGGGCCUGGAGCUGCUGCGCUCGCUGCCCAGGGUCAGCCUGGCCAACUUAAGGCCCAACCCCGGCUCCAAAAAGCGGGAGAGAAGACGUGGCCGUGGAAGGUACGGGGGUAGGAAGUGUGGCCGAGGUCACAAAGGAGAAAGACAAAGAGGGAAUCGGCCCCGGCUGGGCUUUGAGGGUGGCCAAACUCCAUUUUACUUGGCCAUACCAAAAUAUGGAUUUAAUGAGGGACAUAGCCUCAGACGUCAGUACCAGCCUCUGAGUCUUCAGAGGCUGCAGUACCUGAUUGAUUUGGGCAGAGUUGACCCCACGCAGCCGAUUGACUUAACUCAGCUCACUAACGCCAGAGGUGUGACAGUGCAGCCUCUCAAGAGGGAUUAUGGUGUUCAGCUCGUGGAGGAGGGUGCUGAUAUUUUUGCAGCAAAAGUAAAUAUUGAAGUGCAGAGAGCAUCUGAAUUAGCAAUUGCAGCCAUUGAAAAAAAUGGAGGCGUAGUAACAACAUCAUUCUAUGACCCAAGGAGCUUGGAAAUUUUAAUCAAGCCAGUAGUAUUUUUCCUGCGUGGCAAACCUAUCCCAAAGCGAAUGCUCCCACCUGAAGACCUCGUCCGUUACUACACAGAUCCCAGGAAUCGGGGCUACCUGGCAGAUCCAUCUAAGGUUGCAGAAGCCAGGCUGGAACUUGCCAAGAAAUAUGGCUAUGUCUUACCAGACAUAACUAAGGAUGAACUCUUUAAGAUGUUAAGUGCACGCAAGGAUCCUAGACAGAUAUUUUUUGGUCUUGCUCCAGGAUGGAUUGUAAACCUGGCAGACAAGAAAAUUCUGAAACCAACUGAUGAGAGACUGUUGAAAUACUACAGCUCAUGAAUUCAGGACACAAUUGCAGGUGUACAGGAAACAUCUGGACAAUAAAAUGAAGCGGAUGAAUUUCUGUUGGUGUUUGUCAAUCAGCCCAGAUUUUUCCUUCACUCAACAACCUUCCUGAUCAAUUAAUAUGACUGUCUGUAAUCAUUCUUAUUCUGAUUAAAUAAUCUGAAAUCAAGAGAUUAAGAAUAAAAAGUCACUAAAUUUUGACAACUUACUCUUCAACUUCUAUUGUUCCUUGUUAAUGUGUGUUAAAUGGUAUCAGUAAUGGUCAUUCCCCUAACUUGGGGUUUAAGUAUAGGUGAAAUGUACCAAAACAACAACAAUAUAAAGUUGGACUAUGAAUAGCAGGAUUUUUGUUUUAGUGGCAUUAACAUUCAUAUUUGAUAAGGUGUCCAACACUUUUUUGGCACGUUAAGAAUAAUACUGUGUGCCAAAAAAACUACAGUUGGUGUUAACUUGAAUGUGAAGUAAAUAACUUUCUCACUUUAGAUGUAUCCUGUUCUGCAUCCUGAUGAUUGUUGGUAUGGAACCUUAAAUGACAAGCAAUACUUUUUUCUUUUUCUUUUUUUUCAAGUUUUUGUUAUUACAAUAACUUUACAAUAACAAUAUUACUACUGCCUCCAUUUGGGAAGGAGUUGGAGAGGGGGAAGAGUAUUUAUUGCCUUCCCUUAUUUGUGCCAUAAUGUUUCUGUUUUUAUGAAUCAAUUCACAAUUGUAUUUUGUGGAGGUGGUGGUACUCAACAGGAAAGCUACUUAACUGGAAGUGAAGAAGGAAGUUAGUCAUAUUAGUGAAGACCAGAAGACAAAAGUGUUUAUGUAUCAUUGUGUAUUUUGGGGAGGAGAAGAUGGGGGAAGGCAAGUUUGUUUCCAUUUCUGCUCUUUGUAUUAAAAUGAACAAAUUGCUCUCAGCAAUUUUUUUUUCUCAAUCAACUUCUUUAAUACACACACACGCGUGCAUGCACUGGUUUCUGUAAGUUUCUAAAUGGCUUUCAGGUGAAAGGGUAACUUGGAUAAAAUGAUAACAGUGAAAGAAAGAAUGAAAACAGGAAACAGAUGUCUGGUGACGUUGAGGGAUUGGAUAGCACUUAUUCAGUGAACGAUGUCUUAGUCACAAGGCAGCUGUAUCCUGGCUCUGAUACUACAACGCUACAAAUACCUUGGAGCCAAAACAGCCACGUUCCACAAAAUCCGGUCAUUCUACUUUAUAAAGGUGAUCUUUUAUCAUCUUAGAGUUGGAGAGGGCAAAAAAGGGCUAUAUGUUCCUUUAUUUAAAACAUGCAAUGCUUGUCUUUUUUUCUCACUUCUGUGAACAGUAGCCAGUAUUUUGUAUCAGUUGUUUGCAUUUUUAUUUACUAGUGCAAAAAGUCACAAAGCUAUAGAGGAUUUCCUGUUCAUUUUAUCUCAUCAGGAACACAAGUCUCCUAGCAACCAAAUACAGAGUUGUCAAAAGCACAAGAAAGUUAUUGACAAGGUUUCUAAUAAGUCUAUAAUAAACAGUGUCCCAAAGGACUGUUGUUUAUAUGUCAGACUUCCUGGGGCAAGACUAAGUCAAUGCUGGCAUAUAAUGCCAUUCUCAUUACUUGGGUGUAUGGACCAUGUUUUCAUGUUCGUAAGAUAAAAGAUUGUCUUGGAUAUCCUGUUUUGACAGGGCUUUUUCAUGUGCAACAAGUGUGACACGGCAAGAAGUACCCAAUCUACUGUAGGUGGAAAAGUAUAGGGUAGCUGAGGAAAAGGAGCUUUUAUUCGUGUCACAAAAUGCUGAAAGCCAUGUCAAUUUUUAUCAGCAAAAUCAUACUUCUGAAUGACUACUUGAUGAAACUGAUUACAGAUGUGAGACUACAAGUUAAAUAAAGGUCUGUAAACAUGUA